AGCGGAGGAGUAACGGGGGGGUGGCGGAGGAGCGCCCCGAAAAAACGGCGCAAAAUGCUGGACAGGUGAUGAACAGGCGUCGUCGACGGGAUGCUGCACCUUGCUCGGCCAGCGAUGUGACCGUGCCCGGGGAGUCGAAAGCCCAAGUGGAGGAGGAGGUGCGGAGGAGGAGGAGGAGGCGGGUAUGUCGCAGACGGUACUCCGGGGAUUCCCGGGCCUGCCGUGCGAGGUGCGGCUCGAGUUCCAGCUGCCGCUGCCGCGCAACUUGGCGUGCACCCUGUGUCGCGCCGUGUGCCCGGUCAUCUACCGCGCCGGCUGCUGCCACGCCUUCUGCGAGCGAUGCAAGCAGGAGCUCAUGCGCUCCAGGCCCGUGCUCCUGUGCCCCGUCGACGGUAACGAGACCUGGACCGAGAAGAUUGUUCCGGAUGACACUGUGUGGAAUUCGCUGAAGGACUUCACGGUGCUGUGCUCGCAGAGCAUCCACGGCUGCAGGUUCAGUGAUACGGUUGCUGCAUUCAAGAACCACAUCCGUGACUGCCCCUACAUGAAGAAGCGGUGCCCGCUGUGCGAGGAGGACGUUUUGUCCAAGGACCUGUUCAGCCAUCUGGGCAGCGUGUGUGCCAAGAGGCCGCUCGCAUGUGACCACUGUGGCCUCAACUUCCACAAGGAGCUGCUCAAUGACCACAAGGCGAACUGUCCAGAAAAGCUCAUCAUCUGCGAGUACUGUGGUGCCGAUGGCUUGCUGCUGGGAGAGUUGCCACUGCAUUACGAAGAAUGCGAGCUGAAGCCUUGGUCUUGCACAAUGAAGGACUACGGAUGCACGUUCGAGGGCCCCAGGAAAAGUCUAUUGGAGCACCUGACGUUUGAAGAUCAUAUCCACAUUAUCGUGACCCAUUUCAAGGAGCUUUCUGUCGUGAAUAAGGAACAACAAGAUGAGAUAGGACAUCUAAACGUGCAGCUUGACGCGCUCACGAAGGCUGUGAAGGAAGGCAACAGGAGAGUGUCCACAACCCUUCAAACCAUAAGCAGGGCACUGCAUGCACAGCAAGAAGAAAACCGCAAGCUCAAGGCAAAGCUGGACGAUUUGUCAAGGAUGAUAGAGCAAAAGACGAUCCACCCUAUACCAAGUUCAAAGAUGGACGGUACCACGACGACGCACCAUAGGAUACCAGGGGACGGAACCAUCGAGAGGGUCACGUACCCUCGCUUCGUCGAGGCCGGUCUCGUCUCGCGUCCCGUCAGUGCCCGGGGCACAUCGUCCUCGUCGGCGGCAGCCACGGCGGGAAUACCCACCGUGAGCAUGAUGGCCCCGUCGUCCGCCCGGGUGGGCCGGCAACACCAGAGCACCUGACAGACGCCCGGUGGUGGAGCGCAGGCCUCGCAGGCCGCACACCAGCACCACCUCCACCACCAUCACCACCACGGUCUACACCAGCACCACCACCAACACCCGCCUCAGGGUGGUGCAGGACCUUCGGGAGUUUGAGACGCAGAAAUGACGACGACCACUUGCGUCCUUUCUUCAGCCCACGAUGCUCAUGCAAGACAAACGGGGACGCUGGACAGGAGAAAAGCCGUGAAUCGAAACUAUGUGCGUGCGUGUGUGUCGUUGUCGUCAUCGUCGUGGCUUCCUCGUGGUAAUUCUGGCGCCUCCGAAAAGUUGGGGGUGUCUUCUUCGAGUUGAGCAUGUGAUGUGGUUGGGUGUGGUUUCACUACGCGAAGGUGUGCCACCCUCACCACAGUGGUAAUGAUUGUUUAUUUGUUUUCUCGCGCUGUGAAGUUGAUGUUUUGUUACUUUUUAUAGAUUCAUCACGAAGGUCUGCCACCCUCAACCAUGAUCGACCAUGAUCGUAAUAAUCGAUGAUCUUUUUCUCGGGCCGUAGUGUUGAAGUUUGUUACCUUCAGUCGUUUUCGACAUCUCCGGCAGCAAACCCUUAGGAUAAACUUAACGAUCGGUUUUCUUCGUUUCACGUUGACAGUAGAAGAGCUCGGGUGCUUAUGAACUAAGAAAAAUGUAAUGUGUUUCGACACCGGAAAGUCUGCGCCACUAGCGAACUUUACAAGCGUUGAUGUUUUUUUACCAGUUUAAACAGACAUCUUUUGGUUGCGUAAGUAGGGUCAUGAGACACAAAGAUACACAAACGUAAACGCUACUUCUAUAAAAAAAUCUGAAGCAGAUGAGGCGUUUGCAGUUCAAAAACGGAUUGCUUCUCUUUUCUAUUACGUAUUAGUUUUUUACGCUACUUGUUGUCUUGGAACAGAUCACGUUUUUUUGCUGUUUGAGGUGAGAACACCUAACAUUAUUGUCUGCAAAAUUAUAUUAGCCACGAAGUUGUUUGCCUUGCUCUCAUGCAGUGACCUAAACACGUUUUAGCUAUAAGCAUGAUAUCAGUUUCAAUUUUAAGCAAAAUCCAACAAGCUAAGAUGAAGGUCACUGCUGUAUAUUAGAGGAAUUAUACAAUUAAGGUAUACGGAGACAGGCUUUAUUAAUAUUUUCCCUUAGUUCAAGGUGAUAAGUCUUCACUUAAUGAAAACACAGCAGACACUGUAUAAAAAUGUGACUUGUUAUAACAUUUUCUUUCUAUUCGUGGGAAAUUUCAGUGGGCUUAGACUUCUAGAACGAACAAUUGUGUGGGGCUUUGCCUAGUUUUCAAAAAUUGACACUGUGGUCGUGUAGUCUGGGUAAGGACCUGUAGGUCUGUUGAUGUUAGGGCUAUGUGGGAAUUGCAGAAUAAUGAUGAAAUUGUACCUUACAGAUAUGCUUGAAGGCCGAACAUCCGUAAUUGUCUGUGCCCAUUCGGAAGCAAAAUAUUCGUUUUAUAUAUUUUCCUUGUUUGUCUAUCAAUAUAGCAUUUUUCAGUGCAGAGCAAAGCUAUUUCACAGGAAUACAUAAUGGCCUAGAUUUGCACAUUGGUAAUGUUUCGACUGGGUUUGCCAAACAGCCAAUACUGUUUAUGUAUUUCAUGCUUAUGUUUGAGGGUAUCAUCGUCUCAACACAUUUUCAUUUGCAUAUUUUUACAUGGGCAGCUUCUAAGAAAAAGAAAGGAUUUGUUUGAUAAUGUGAUUCAUGAAGCUUUGGUAAAACUUCAUUACUGGGUAAGGGUUUGUUUUUGUCGAGGUUUUUUUCAGGGUUAGUGAUUGUUUAGCCAAGGCUGAUAAGGUGAUCAAGUGGUCUUGAAUUAUACGUCAUUGCCUAAGUGGAGCGCAUCACUUUGCUAGGGUUAUCUUAAUCCCACAUGAUGUGGUGUUGGCUGCGUUAGCUUCGCAGUUUAUUUUUGCCCAAACACUGCCUCAAACUGCAAUGAAACUGCCCUUACUUGCUGAUGCAUACAACUAUUUGCAGAAGGUAAAGCUGUUACAAAAGCAGUAGCAUGUGAUGCUUGGUACAUUACGUCCACACCACAAGCUAUUUCAACAGCAGUUAAGCUGACUGAUUUUAGCGCACCUUUUUAGAACAUAUGUUAUACGCACAGCUUCUUUUUUGGGAUAUAAAUGCGAUGGAGACACUUUUAAUUUGCAAUUAUACAUUCCUUCGUUUUUUAAAUGUGCUCUAAUUAUUCCUUUUCAUCUUCUGAAGAAAAACAGCGUUAGAAAAACGAAGAAAAGAAAGAGGUGGAAGACACACAGUACUGGCACUUCCAAUGUCGGCUAUCAAAUUAUGUUUUAUGCACUCACAUGCUUACAAAGACUUUGCAUUGUUUUAUUAUUUCUUGAAGGCGAGUUGCACCGCAAAUUAAGCAUAUGCAGAUAGUCUUUUUUUUAAAUAUGUCCGACGGUAGCUUCUGACAAAGUCAUUCAGUGAUCACGUAAACUGCCAUAUAAACCCUGCUGGAUGCAAAUAUCCUUUCCUGCUAAUAAUCACUAUUUAAUUCCUCUUCACUUUAGAAAGUUACGCGAAUUUUUCAUUGCUACGUGUACGAUAGUGUCAGCAUUUCCGUUUUUUCCUGAUGCUCUCCACGUCUCCGAGAUUUAGUACAUGCCACGCGAUUGCUCCCGAGGAUUACCAUUUUUCGUGGACAUCUUUACAACUGCUCGACGCUGGAACAAGUUGGAGACACCACUUGAAGAGACGGCCAUGCUAUUUUUCUUCUAGAACUGGCUUCAGUGGCAAGUCCGAGGGUGCGCCUCCCCCGCACCGGAAAUGUGUGCAAAGUUGCUCAAACGGACGCUGAGAGACUUGUGUGCGUUAAAACAGUGUGCUCCUAGAGAGAGAGAGAGAGAGAGAGAGAGAGGCGUGUUGGUGGUCACACGUUGGCCUGUUGGUGGAAUGCACGGGUUCGCGCUGCUGAGCCCGAUUAACGUUGAGAUGCAAUGUGGUUUGGACUCGAAAGCGUGUUGGAAACAGCACAGAUACAACUGCAGCAUUAUAUUUUUUUCUUGGCGAACGAAGCUGUAUUCUCAGUAUGGUCGGGCUGCUUGCUCGUGUUUUGCGUGUGCUGUCUUGUACACUCACUCCGCUGCUCUAAUGAUCACAGCAUCCCGGCUGUGUACGCUCACUCAAUUUUCGUCGCCACCCUUAUAUAAUACAGUACAGGAAUGGCAUACCAAAAUUUCCAGUGCAAUCAGUAGUUUCAGUUUUGGGCCUAUAAAUUACGAAUAAAUAAAGUUAUUUGAAGUUCUGUAUAGACGUUAGCUGAUGGAUAUCCGUCAGGAGUUGGCUUUGACAUGCCAGUAAGAGUUUGAAGAAGAAAAAAAAUAAAAAGAUGAGCAAGUUACAUGGCAGUUUAAGCAUUCAAAUGUCAACAGGUAUAAAAUGUGGAAUUAUUUAGAAUUGGAGUGCUUGUUCAUGGUUGACAACUGAGAACUAAUUCGAAAGUAAUGUUUCUUUUAUCUCCUGAUGACUGCUCUUGUGAGGCCUGUGAAGGAUACAACAGAAAUUAGCUUGUAUUUACUUAUGACGUUCACAACAAAACGUUUUCUUAAUUAUCAAGGCAUGAGCUUGAAAAGUUCGCUAGUUAAAAAAGAACUCCAGUGGCGUGAACACAGCAAACGGCCUGCCAUGAAACGUCGCCAAGGAAAGAAAAACCUCUGCUGCCUUCGGUGACGCGGUAUCUCGUGUGAAAUGUUAUGAACCUUUGCAGUUUCUUCAGUUCCGUUUUCCUCUUCUUCUUUUCAACGAGCUAAAACUGCCACAGGAAAAAAAAAAAAUGUGCAGCGACGAAUUCUCGGUGAAGAUAGGACGAGGAAGACACACAAAGCCAUACAACCAUGACAAAGCUCAAGUAUGUCGUUGUCAUAUUAUAUACAGUAUUUAUGAGGUAGGCAUAGUUGUACAGACGACAAAAAAAACCUAUGGCUCUCUAUACAUGAUAUAUAAACUAUAUAUAUAAAUAUAUAAAUAUACAUAUAUAGAUAUAUACAGAAGACACGGAAAGUAUAUAUACUAUGCGUUUUACUUAAGAACACACACGACAGCUGAAACGAUGCACUCAAGUAUGUUUCUUUCCAGAUACCUCUCCGUACACGAUGACUUAUGUAGUAGGAUCAACGACCACACAAAUGUGCGCCUCCUAGUUUCGGCAGUCGGUUGUCCUCAUAUGUUUUUCUAAGACCUACGUUGCACCACUACCAAUUGCUUGCCCAGUCAGCAGACAGCCACCUCAAUAAUUUCAUUAGUUUACGCAAAUAAGUCGCACUGAUUGCCUUCCCCAACGCAAAAUUCGCGCACGCUUUGUGUCGAUGCCAGGUGGUAAAGAAUUCGCAAGUAUCUUCUUUAUUUUCGGGAUUCUCUAUCUUCAUCUCUUCGCUGUGGUGCCGCAGUUAGCCAGUUGUAAAAUAAUUACGAAACGACGACGCUUACGCCGGCACACCUACAAUCACAAACAUCUGCACACACGCAUAUGUCUGUCCGAAAGGGAGAAAGGUUAUUAAAAAAAGCAACAUCAUUCCGUAAGGACAACAGCGCUUGGACAUGUCGUCUUUCACUGGCUUUACACAUGGCUCCGUGUUCCCUGGCCUGUUUUCUGGGCCUGCUAGCAAUGUGAAUAUGUAGAUAAUGUCUUCUAGCUGAUGUGGAAAAAAAGUUAUGCCGGGGUUGCCCAUGCCCUCCCGUCUGCCAUUGUCAUCGGAGCUCCGUAAGCCUUGCCGUAUACCAUUAACAAUGCCUUGAACGUUAGGCGUCAGCGUCGGAAGUGAUAAAGGUCGAGCUGUUCUGGUGCCAUUGAUCAUUACCGUAAACUUAGCCACUUGCCAAAAAGGCCACGAUGCUUUCUAAAAGAGUUAUUUUGGAUGGAAGCAUACAAAGACUAUUAUGUGCAGUCAGAUGCUGAUGCACAAAACAUCUUUUUGUAAUGAAGGUUUGGUGCCAUGGCAUUAAAAAAUUCGUGAAUAAAUGUAAUGAGUCUCAUGCAUAUCAGAUAUUCGCAACUGUAAGUGUAUACUAGUGGGAACAUUGCAAUCUAAGAAUCUGCCAGGACAUGAAGCUCACGUCUUUACAUCAAAUUAGACGCUGAUGUGGUAUCAGUGGAAGGCAUUCGCGUUCUUUGGCUUCAGGAGGAGAGGGUACGCUAUUUUGUCCCAUUGUUGAAUACCGCAGGGCUCAACGACUCAAGAAUCAUUAUUGUUUAUGUUAAUGUUCUUAUUAAGUGCACCAUUUUAUUCUACAAUAUUUUCGCUUUUCUGUCGGGUCACCGCAUCCUCUUUCACGCUUUCGCAAACACUACGUUGAUAAGUUGAGAGCAUUGUACUUUAUUGCACCAGUUGCUGUCACUACUGAACCACCAUUCGGGGAAAUGUUUUUCGUGCUUCCUAAUGAUUUUAUCACUGUGGCAAACAUGAUUUCUUUCAUCAAGAAAAAAAUCUCAUGAGGCGUGCAAUUCCUUUGCUGUACUUCAUUUGAACUGACGAUUCUCUUCUAAAGCCGAAUAGCCUGCUCGCUUGUUCAUGUUAACGUAGUUUACUGACAAUGUUGUAACGCCAUUUGCUUGUUGAUGUUGCCUGUCGUUGUUUUUCACAGUGUUAUUUACUCUCCAGCCAACUGCCUCAGGAUUUGAUUGCUUGCACCUGACUUUAUUCUAUGUGCACAAGGAUAAGGUGCCCCUUUCUGCCUUGGUGAGUGCAGUUUAAAUGUAGGGCUAACUGAGUGCACUUCAAAUAUCUGUUACUUUUUGGAGCUAUUGAAAAUGUUUACAGAAAGUUUAGAAAUUAAUUUCUUGUUCCCCUCCUAUGCAGGCUUUUCAUAGGACUGCCGUAACACCAGCAGCAAUGUCUUCACGGUAAUAUACAGCGAAAUGAAAUAACCUGGUUAUCAAAGACUCCAAGCAAAAAAUCAGCAUGAGUGGUGGAAUUAAGAUAAACGAAUAUUGUGCUUAGACUGCACACCUGCGCUCCCUUAAUGUGCUGCGUCAAAUUUACGACUGCAUGUGGUAUGAAAUAUUACAGCAACGCUAUUUAGAGGCAGAAGGGAGCCAUAAAUUUCUUGGAGCCAAAUAUUUUACAUAGCUGUUAUUCUUGACAUUCAAGUUAUGAAGGAACACUUCGGUCUUGGUCUGAUAUACAAGUCCAUAUUGGUGGUUAAAGUUACGCCAUGAUAAAGUAACGCAAUCUUCGAGUGUUUCUUUUUUGGUUAAUAAAACUAAAGUCAUGUCUUGGCAAAAUUAGUUUCUCUGAAGCUCACAAAGUGACCGAAGCUUCAUGAGGCAAAAUGGGAAUCUUUAUCAUAAAACAGCGCAUACACACGAAUACAAAAGAAGAAGGAACGAACCGACGACGCGAGCGCUGACUUUAUGUCGUAGAUUUGUGCUACGUUCAGGUGAAUGCCAAAGUUCACUUUCCAGUUUGUGAACAAAGCGGUAAAGGAAAAUUGCAACAUGAGCCGAGAUGCCUAUAAAAUGCCUCCAUACCUAGUAAUGAGUCACAGACAUCACGGAGAAUUGCCCAUAAAUGCUUUCAGAGUCAGUCGAAGUUCACGAGCGCGUCAGUUAACGAGGUAAUAAAAUUCUUCUACGCGCAUCACGCUAUAACAAUUAGCGUUAUCUUCUUACAUCUGUAAUCCUUAUAACAAGUUUGCAUCUAACACAAAAUAGCUCAUUGUAACGAAGAUUAGCUACAAUGAUGACAGCAGCCCUUGACAAAUCUCAUUUACUUCGUUAUAUGAGAUAAUACGUUAUAUCCUUGUUCUUUGUGUCAAGUUUUGGCUUAUAUUAGUAUGCAAAGCUGGGGGCACUCCACGAAAACCACGUGACUGCGAAUAAAGUCCGGUGCAAGCCACACUGCCAGUCCUGCUUUGGUUUAUAGCUAUUCCUCGUGCAUUCAACCAUGCAUUGGGCGUCAGCUGUACAGAAACGCAAGUACUGCCACGUGUCCGUGUUGAAAAAAAUCUUCUGUACAUAUGUACGCGGCGUUGUCGUUGGAGUGCGCUCUCCAUAAUUGCAAGUGUCUGAGACGUAUAUUGUCCGAGAGUCAUUGUUGGUACUGUAUUCAUUCUCUUGUAGUCGUUUGAGAUGGAAAGAGGGUGUGUUAAAGCUUUGAAUAAUACUUUUUUU